AGACAGGAGAAACAGAGGUCUCCGCACUCAACCUGCAGACAGGGGGGCAACGUUCAAAAUAAAGCUUUGCUAACUUAUAGGACCAGAAUGAGCUAACAAGCGCUGCCUGCAUAUUACAGAAUAUUGAAUACACUCGCAUAAAGGUAUUGAGAGUCCGAUUGUUUAUUGUAAUUCCACAUUGUGAUUGAGAAUAAACUGUAGACAAAAUUGAUGGACAAAUCACAUUUAACCGGCUUCGGAUUGCUUUCACAGUCCAUGGAAGAGACUGAUCUAGGGUUUUUGAGGUGUAGGUACGGUUAACAGUAGUUUUUCUCUUGCGAAGCAGUAUUCCCAGGAAUUUGGGAUUUCUUUCCUUAAUGAUAUGGAGGAAACGGCCGACGCAGGCCCAGCGAACAAUGAGCCGCAUGAAGAAGCGAACAAAAAAGGGCUGAGCUGCAGCGAGAUUGGUGAUACAGGCGGCUUCGGGAUGCAAAUUGACAACGCUGUUCUCAGAGGUCUGAAAGUAGGCCCCGACACUUCUAGAUGUGGGGAUCGGACUCUGACGAAUUUGGCCCGGAUUAACAUCACAACUUUGCCCGUGGAUAGAAAACCGAUAAAUACUGCAGCGUUGACCGAUGAGACAGGAGAUUUAAAUGCUGAUGUUGAAAAGCAGUUUGUUUUGCCUUUAACAAACACUGAAGAGCAACAAGAAGUCAUGGGCACUGCGGCAAGUGGAAAUAAAACUGAAUUAAAAAAUACAGAUCCCGAUACUCUACGGGAUACACUACAGCAAUCACGUAAGUUGUGUUUUAAAAAUAAAUGUCUUGCUAGAUCGUUUCAGCAUAAUGCUAGCAUGGAUAAUGCAUCCGUUUUUCCUCAAAUAAACUCUGAUGGUCAGCAUAAAGUUUUAAACUCACCAUUUGAGCAUCAUAACUCUGUAAGCAAGACCACUGAGAAUGCGGGUUUCAGGACAAACUUUCAUGUUCUGGAUGGGCUCGACGGUUCACACGCUUCCUUCUUGAAGGAAAACAGUAACACACGCUACUCUUGUAUCGCUGCUAGUAAACUGGGCACGCUAUCUCCUGCCAGCAGUGCCGACAUAACCAUGGUUAACGCUACUGAUGCAACCCAAAAUUGUGAAUAUCGCGCUGAAUUGUGCAGAGUUGGGGAUUAUAACGAGAACAUUGACAACGUGAAAAAGGUGGGUUUGGAUAGCGUUCCCUCACAAGACUCAGCAGCAUGCGAAGAAUCUCAAAUAGGACCCACAUUACCGGGAGUGGCACAGAGUACCGAAUGUAAUUUGAACGCGGAGGGUCUCAUUAAUGGUACCUCAGCAGCAUCGCAGGAAGAUGCCAUUUCCGAGCCUAGAACAGAGUCGAGCAACAGUGUGAACGUGGAAGAGAUGGUUGAAAUUUCAGAGGAUAGUCGGUCUUUGCUAGAGAUUUUUCAUGCAAGCAGUACUAGCAGUGGAGCUGUUAACGACCACGACGAUCUAAGCUACGAGCUGCAGCAAGGUUAUCGGAUUCUGAAUGGCUUUCUUUUAGAAAAACACCGGAGUUUAACGUCUCCUUUCAUGAACCCUGUUAGUAAAAAGGACUUUGGGGACUAUACCAGUCGCAUCCAGGAACCGAUGUGGCUAAGGAGAAUGGAGCAAAAGUUUGUCAACAGGGAAUACGAGACAAUCACAGACUUCGUGGCUGACUUCAGGUUGAUGCUGGAAAACUGUUACAGGUAUCACGGGGUCGACCACUGGCUUUCAAAGCAAGCACAGAAAUUGGAAAUGAUGUUGGAGCAGAAGCUUACCUUGCUGUCCAGGCCUCUGAGGGCGAAGACAACACUAGCCACGACGUCAAAAGGCCGCUAUGGAUCGGAAGACGAGAAGGUAUUGGUGAGCACAUCCACCAGGAGGCGCACCACUCCCCGGAACCUGGGAGCCAUAGCGACGGGGGCCAGAGAAUCCAUCAUGGUGCAGGCCUUGAGGUUGGAAGAGCAGCAGAGGGCCAAGGACGAGAGGAGGCAGCGAGAACAGGAGCGCAAGGAGACAGAGGAGGCAACGGCCAAGGAGCUGGAGGAGUGGGAGCGUAGUCUGCUGGCUCAGGCAUAUCCGCAGCCCAUGGAUGCCUUAUGGGAAGUGCCGGCGAUCGGCCACUUCCUCUGCCUGGCCCAGCAGGCCCUCAAGCUGCCUGAAAUUAUCUUCUAUGAGCUGGAGCGCUUCCUCCUUAUGCCACGUUGCAGUGUCUUCCUGGCCAAGGUCAUGACCUCCCUGCUGAGUCACCCACAGCGGAGGCACACCCUGCACCGACGGCCAGCCCUGUCCUACCGCAGCUGGGAGGCAGCACUGAGGCAGAGUGUGCAGCGCUGGUAUGUAGCGGUGGGGCAGGCAGAGGACCAGCGUGCCUGCGCUGAGCAGCUGGGACUCUGCCCUCAGUUCUUCCGGGUAUUAGGAGAGGUCAGCCCCCUGGAAGAGAAGCCCUUCCACCUGCUGCCCUUCUACCAGCGGGUGUGGCUGCUUAAGGGCCUAUGUGACUGGGUGUACGAGACUCAGAAGGAGGUGCAGGAUGCCGUGCUGAGCCAGCCCAUCCACGAGUGCCGGGAGUCCAUCCUGGGCUAUGAUGGCCAGGAGAACGCCUACAUCCAUUUCCCGCACUUCUGUGGAGCGGACCUCCGCAUCUACUGCCAGAGCCCCUCAGCCUCCCCAGAAUUCCCGCUGCCUAUUCGUGUUAAGAGGCUACAGAGUGAGCAUUCCAGACAGGAACAGCAAGCUGCCUUUGGGGGCCCUUCCCCUGAAUCAAAUGUCAGAUGGAACAAGCGCAUGGUUCAGGAAGGUCCCGGCUGUGGUAGUGAUAGUGGAAAAGGAGAGGAAAAUGAUACCAGACAGAACCACUUGGGUCACACUAGUUGGAAAACACGAACUAGAGAGUUGACAGAUAAGCAACAUGGUGGCAGCUCAUCGGGGGAGGGAGGUGGGAAUGGAGUAUCUGAAGGUGUCAGAAGGACGAUAACUGAAUGGGGUGACAGAAAAGGCUCUGCUUCUGAUGAGGGUAGUCUUUCAGGUGACAGGGACUUGGUUUUUAACACUAUUUUCACAGGAGAGGAUUCUCUUAAGAGGAUUAAAAUGGAAGGUGGUGAUAUUACAGCAAUAAAGGAAGAAAAGGGAUGCAAUAUAAGCCCUAAAAGGGAAGGUUCUGAGAGAAACUGUGAAGCAAAGAAGUGCAGGGAUUUUCUUCCUCCUUGUUGGGAAAACCAGGAGAAACCGUCAAGUCCUGGGAAGAUUGUGGGCUUUGGGGCACCCCUGAGCCCAGGGGAAAUACGCAUCCAAGACAGUGGGAUACCCCCCUCAACCCAGGGGCCCUGCCGAGCAUGUGGAUCUCUCCCAGCCAAUGAGAACCAUGGAAACAAGCCCCACCGCUGUCCAGCUCCCUCAGCCAUGAAACGGGCAUCUCCCGAGCACUCUGCACCAGAGCGCCAGACAGAAGGCAAGGCGGGCCGAAUGCGGACAAAGAAGAAGAAGAAAAAGAAAAAGAAAGUGAAGGAGGCGGUGAGUAGUCAAGGGAAAGCAAAACCAGGACGGCUGCAGCAGAACCUGGCCCUGUGUUCUCGGCCUGACCUCCAGCAGACAGUUGUUGCUAAGAAGGUGAAACACAAGAAGCACAAGUCAGGAAAGAAAUCUGAGUCCAAGAAGACUACUGUGAAGAAAAGAAAGACUUGCCUUCAGCUCCCCUUCGAACCCGGAUUUCGGCUAGUUUGCACGAAUGUUGAGGAACUCCGGGCGCUAAUCCGCAAAACUGAGGAAGAACUGAAAGAGAUGGAGAAUAUGCGGAAGAAAUCUGGGAAAUGGUACCUCAGGAGGCAGUCUGUGAAGGAAUUACACUGCACGCUGGUGAGACUGCUUAAUGAGCUGUUGCCAUGGGAACCAAAGCUGAUCAAGGCCUUCCAAAGAAACAGAGCUCGACUGAAGAAAGACUUUGACGAUUUUAAAAGGCAUCCUGACCAUGACAACUUUGUUCGAGAGGUCUGGACUGAGGAAGAGGGGGGUGGAGAUUUGAGCAAGGAUUCUUCUUCCACAGAGACCAACAGACCAACUGAUGGUGCUGAAAAACAGGAAGUCUUAAAGAAAGAGUUAAUAGGAACGGAGGACUGCAGGCAGCAAGGCUUGGAACUUCCUGUGAGCAGGAACCGACCGUUGAGAAGUGUCUGCCAAGAAGGUUUAAAUCUGCAGCCCAAGAAUCCCAAGCGCAGGCAGAGCAGUAGCACAGAUGAUGAAUUAACACCCAAAAAGAGACCCAAGCUCAGCACAAAUGAGGAUCAUGCUGCAGCAUUAGCAGAAACCCAAUUAAGCAACUUGAAACCAGCAAUGGAGCCUCCAGCUACAGAAACUUCCAAGGCUUUACCUGUUUUCACAAAGGGGGAUAAGCCCAUCCAAGCCUUGCUAGCAAAGAAUGUCGGGAACAAAGUGACCUUAAUCAGUCAGCUGCCAGUCACAAAUAACCAGACAUCAAAUAAGGUGGCUGUUGUGGCUCGGGAAAAACCCUUAACAACUGGCCAAGGCCCAGACAAGAACCCCCUGAAGAUGCUUUACAAGAAGCCAGACCACUCCUGUGUGCCUUUUGACCUGCUUAGUGAUAGGGGCAGUGGCUCAGUAAAGAUUGCAAUGCAGCCCAUCCUAGACCAGAAGACUGGAGAGAAGGUCUUGCAGAAGGUGGUCAUCCUGCCCAGGAACCUCCUUCUCCAUCACAAGCAUCUGGAGAUGGAAACCAAUCAGAACCAGCCUUCCAUAACUCAUAAUAAAGCCAGUUCUGGCUCUUUUUUCGAUUCCUUUGGUACAGUUCAGCUUGAUGAUCUGAGCAAGAUCCCUGUGCAACAAGUGGUGCCAUUGAGUGAGGAGCCACGGACCGAGCCGGCAGGAAUUUCUCCAAAACCAAGCUACCUGAGUGCAUCCUCUUCCAAAUUUGCACCGGACCAGUCUUCAGCCCAGACGCUAAGUUCCAGCAGAGCUGUGGCUGCCAGUGUGAGUGCUGCAGAGACCAGCAAAUCAUCCGACUCCAUGCAGGAACUCAAAACAGUGUGUAUCCGAGACUCUCAGUCUAUCCUUGUCACCACUAGAGGAGGAAACACUGGCAUAGUCAAGGUGCAGACCAGCCCUGACCAUAGCACAUCUGGCUCCUUACCCCCCAGCCCAAUCUUUACUUUCCCACCCGGAUUCAAAGCCUUUUUGGUGUCCAAGUCUGCCACCUCCUCUGCGGCUGCUUCAGCAACAACUUGCUCAGCAACUACAUCACCAGGGUCAACACAUUUUGGGGGAUCCUCCAUUUCUAGCUUAUCCCAGGUACCUUCCUCCAUCUCUAUUCCCUUCAAUCGGGCCAUGGGGAACAGUGUCUGUCAAACCCAACCCCAAAAGAAUAUGGGCUUUGGGCAAGUACCUCUAAGCAAAAGCACAAUGUCCUCUGCCACAUUGGCAACCACAACCCAAGCAUUGUCUGGUACUCUGCAUAGUAUUAUCAAUAUGGCGGCAGGCUCUGUGGGAGCAGUGUCUACAGAAAACUUUGGGAAAACUAGUAUGGUGGUCACCCAGGCUCCACUGGCGCAGUAUGCCACCAAGCUUCUAACCAAACGGGCUCUACCUCAGUCGGAGGACAGUUCGGUAGACAAAACGCCCGUACAAAAAGUUAUCCUUGUCACUUCUCCUUCCAUUGUCACCCCUUGUGGCUCAGCAUCCAAGUUCAGCCCUCCUGCUCUUGCUGCUCCUUUCCACACCCAGAAAUUGAUGUUUAUUAGCCCAACUUGUGCUACUGCAACCCAAUCUUUGAUUAGUGCUCCAAAAACUCCAGAGAAGGUCGCCGCCAUGGACUCUUCCACAAACCCCCAUGCUGCUGUGCCCACUUUCUCUCAGAUAAAAGAUGUGAAGAUCGGCCUUAACAUAGGCCAAGCCAUUGUUAAUGCUGCUGCCAACAACUUGCAGAAGGUACAGGCAAUUAACUUGGUGCCCAGUUUGGCUGCUAGGAUGACUGAGGGUCCCCCCAGUCAUGGAAGGCAGACCAAUAUCUCAGCUCCAGGAGCAGACACAGGCGUUAGGACAGCUGUAAGCUCAACCACAGCAAAUGCUACCCACAAUGAUUUUUCUUCAUCAGUGAACCCAGGCCCAAUAAGUAACAGAAAAACAGUGUCUGUCUCCACUGUGAAAGCUGGGCAUUUGGCAUCUUCAGUCCUUAUAGCAGCUUCCCAUCAGCAGUGUGUCUCAUCCGUAUCCUCACCAGUUCCAACAAUGGGAAGCCCAAAAGCCGCACAGAGCAGAAGCAAUCAUCUAAAGACUUCUCCGGUCCCUUAUACAAGCAGUCUGCCUCAGAAAGAUGUGACAAAUGGAAACAUCCAGUUACUGAGGACCGCAGUCUCAAGUCAAGCUGUUGGUCACCCAAGAUCACCUGCUACACUGUGCACAGCAUCUUUUCCAGUGUGUACCAUCUCUACACCCUUUUCUCAAAGCCAGUCUGAAGUGCCCCAAAACGUAUCCAAACCCACUCAGAUAUUCAGUACUCCUGUUCCAGCCCCCAGAGCUGUAGCUCAGUCAGCUACUGUUAAUCUCUUAAGUGAAUCUUCAGUGCAACAGAAGAUUGUAAUCAAUACCAGCACACCUCUGGCUCCUGGAACCCAAAUUGUGAUAAAUAACACUAGGUUAAUUGUCCCUCCUCAAGGCCUUGGGCCUGGCAGUCAUGUACUCCUUAUUUCUAGUCCAGGUAUGUCUCCCACUGGUAAUGUCACUGGUGGGCCACCGAACCAGAAGGCUAUCCCUGUACCCAGUGGGCCAGUUUGCUUACCUGGAAAUCAGAACCCAAGAAGUUUACCUACUACUUCUGCACAGACCUCGAUUGCUCUUAACAAAUCACAGCCUCCCUCAACAGUGAAAUUGACUUUGCACAGUGCAAAGACACACACUCUGCCCUUGGCAGCUGCAUCGUCUAAUCCCGUCAUGGCCAUUGGAACAAACCCUUUGCCAACAGGGAAUGCUAUAUCUGCAGUACAGGUUUCUCACUUAAUGGCAGCUAACAAAAUAGCCGCUCCAGCCACACAACAAAGUCUGAGAGAAACUGUGACUUUGGCAGAAGGGAAAGGCUUGCCCAUUGCAGCAGUGCAAGCAGUUGGUAACUUUGUUAAAGGGCCAGCUAUAGCAACAGCACCAUCUGUAGCAAGCUUUGUCAACAGCGCAAAGACAGCCCCUGAUGCAACAUUGGCAAAUAUGAUUAGCAAGGCACAGUUUUCACCAUUAACACCAACAUUGCAACCAAUUGGGGUUUCUAGACCCCAGACUUUACCCACAGCAACAGUGCCCCCAGUAGGGAGUACCAUUUCUAGGAUACAGACAUUACCGGUAGCAACUGUACCACCAAUAGGGAGCGCAAUUACUAAGACACAGGCUUCCCCCAUAGCAUCACUACCACCAUCGGAGCAUCCCAUUAUUAUGGCACCUGCUCAGCCUCUCCCAGCUACAACUCUAAACACAAUAAGGGCGCCGGUGCCAUUUACAAAUCCAGCGAUAAUAUUAAGCAAGCAGUUGCAGCCUGCUAGCUCCCCUUCACUUCUAACCAACAGCUCCUCCAGCAAAUUAAUAGUCAGUCCAGAAGGAGCCAUUUUAAAUGCCAUCAGUACUCCUGUUCACGGCUUCGUGAAGCUGUCCAAGCCAGUGGCCACUGUGGUGAUAACUCCAAGUUCCAGCGAAGGGAGGAUGCUUCCUGUCUUCAGGGUAGAGGAUGCCACUCCUCAUUCAAGAGACACCGAUAAAACAGGGUCCAGCAGUUAACGUGAGAGGCCAAUUACUGGCAGGAGAAAAUCAGUACACACUUCUUGUAUUUUGACUCAAUAUGAGAUCUGGGCAGCAACAAAUGGAACGGUUUCUUUCUGCUGUGGACUGCACUAUUACAUGCCGACCAUCAUACUAGAUAUAGACGCACCUGGUUUGCAACUUUUUUUACUCUGACAAAGUUUUUCAAGAAAUACGGUAGCUUUUACAUUCAUUCACUAUAUACAGUACUGUAAACUUAGUGUAGUUCAUUCUUCCAGGUAGCUGAUUUCAAAUUGAUCUGUGAGCAAUAUUUUCUGUUUCUUUUUGGACUGGCACGGACUGACUGUCUUGAUUUGUUUAGUUUUCUUUGCCCCACUUUCUAAAGCACUUAGAAGAUAUUACAUUUGUUUUUUAAUUAAAGCUGCCAGUUUGUAUGUAAGGGUUGUUUUAAGGUUUAGGGUGCACAGAGUGCGCACUAGAACAAGCACUGGACUAUAUAGUCAUUUUGGCUGCUUCUCCAACUGAGAAUACUUAUUGACAUACCUAAUAUGUCAUUGCAAAUAAUCCCCAUGUGCGCAUGGGGGAAAAGAAGGCAAAACAUUCAUACCUGCUCCAACUGGAGAGUGAAUAAGUAACAAAUGUAGCACAGUGCAUUAUUGGCACACUUGUGUAUGUGACCUGUGCUACAUUUUUUGUAAUCAUAACUACAUUCUCAUUCUUUCACUGUCUGAUAUUCCACUACAAGUUUAUGUUCCACAGAUCCACUAGCCCAAGUUCGUCAUCUGCAGACUACACUGUAUUGUGUACAUCUCUUACUUUUCACCCUGUUUUGCCCAGUUUUGCAGUGUGACCAGGUGUACACAAUGACAGUGAAAGAUCAUUGACGAAAUCCUGAUACCAGCCUUAGUUUACAUGUAAGUCAUAUACAAGAUUGUACUCACAGGUGACUGGGAUUGUGCACAAACAAAUAAGGUAUUUUUGUUCUGCAUUUAUAAAGCAUUGAAAGAGCGUGCUUCUUGUGAGUUCAUAUUGUAAUUUGAAUGGUUGAUUGUCACCAAAUUUUCAUUUUUAAAUUAACACAAGGAAGAAAGCAGUCGUAUUUGCUCUCAAGGUUUAAAAAAAUUGGGGGAGCAUAAAUAUUGAAACAGUAUAUCUGAACUGCUUAGAAUUAAUCAUGUGUAGUCUGAUCAGAGAAGCAGUUGGCAGAGGCUUGUUAUAGAAAAGACCAACGCUGUUCUCAAACCUGCCAACCCUACAAGAAUUCCUUUUGAAAGCUGAAGCAAGACAUAAUUUCUUCCCAGUUCUGUAGUUUAGUUUAUUAGGCAUUUUACUACUCGUAAUAGUACUGAUUAUCUUGGUUUCUUCCAAGCAGUUUGGUCAUGAAGGGUAAAAAUCUUGAGAGAAAUGGCGUUCUGUGUAUAAAACAAUAUCAACACUUCCUGUAUGUUCUUGCACAUAUUUAAAAGUUGUGGCUGUGCUUGUAAUGAGAUAACUAUGAAUACACAAAUCAAGAAACAAGAAACUUAGUGGUAAUUUAUUCCCUACCAUAAAGACUAAUUCCUUAGCAUAAUCUAAACUAAAAGAAUAUAGUACCUUUGAUUGCAUCUUUUACAUUGUUUUCUACGUCAGCAAAGGGGAGGGAUUUGGUUCUCCUUGCGAAUUUGUGACCCAAAAGUGUGUGUGAGGGGGGGAGGGGGGGCACUAUAACAUUAUAGUACCUAGGUAGAGCAGAGGUUCUUUUUACACUGAAUGAUCAGUGCUGGUUAUUGUGCAACCAAAUAAAUAUAAACAGGAAUGCCCUUUUCAAUAGAGAAUGAGUAACCCUAUUUGGUUGCCUGUUGGAAGUUUUAAAAAGCAGGAUAUAAAGUUCCUGACAGCAUUGUAUCUUUUGAAAUGUUAUAGUGAACAAAGUAGUGAAAACUUUUAAAGUCUGUUCAUCACUUUUUGCUAGGCAUUUUUUAUUUGCACAUUGAGCAUGGCAGUGAUUUAAUCGUUGCCUUUAAACAUUUUCUUUGUGUUCUCCAUAAUUUAUACUAAAGGUUUAGUACGUAAAGAUUUCUUCUGUGUUCCAUGUUGUGUUUCUUUAAAAAAAAAAAAAAAUACGGUAUUUAUAAAUGAUUGGAACACAGCUGGGAGAUGUGAAUAAUUGUUUUAUCAGCAGGUUGCAAUUCAAAAUAUGUGUGGAUUUUUUAAGGUUUUAUUUAUGGUUUCUGUUUACAUAAUGUAUAGAUUUCUAAGUAUUUUACUAGGUAUUUUGGACCAUUGCAAUCUUUAGAAAGAAAUGCAGAAUACUCUGAAUGUAAUAAAAAGAACAUGCUUUGUAAAAUCAGACUUGUUGUUUUUGUCAAAGGCUGUACCAAGAAAAACAAUAGAUCACUCGCUAUCUUUGCUCUACCAGCUUUGUCAUCUUCUAAUAUUUAAUUAACCAUUCCAGCGUGCAAUUUCAUAUUUUCAUUGUUAUCAAACAGCACCCCUCAUUUUGACCUAUGACUUAAGAACUGUGCCAUCUAGAGGUCAUGUGAUAUUCCUCAUUUUUAGAUGUUGGCUUUGUACUCACUACAAAACUAUUCUUAGUCAAGUUUGAUCUUGGGGUAUUAUGCAAGAAAAAAAUGUGAACAGUUAUUUUAUAAAGCAGCCAUCACCACUCCACACCAAAGCUUACCUCAGUAAUUAUUUGAAAGAGGAGAUAUUAUAGGAAAAAAGGUAGGUGAAGUUAAAUUAAGAGUUGUUUCAAAUGAGGAUUUAUAAUAUGUCUAACC